AUGGUUGGAAGCUUGAUGUACUUAACAGCUACAAGGCAUGAUAUUAUGUAUGUUGUAAGUUUAAUUAGCAGGUUUAUGGAAUCUCCUACUGAGCUUCAUCUCCUUGCUGCCAAAAGAAUCUUACGCUACUUAAAAGGGACUCCUGGUCUUGGCAUACUUUAUCAAAAAGGAGAAAAACUAAACCUUUUUGGUUUUAGCGAUAGUGAUUAUGCAGGAGAUUUAAAUGAUAAAAAGCGUACUUCAGGAUAUGUUUUCAUGCUUGGUUCAGGAGCUAUCUCAUGGUCUUCCAAGAAACAGCCAUUAUCUACCACUAAAGCUGAACUUGUAGCAGCAACAUCAUGUGCAUGUCAAGCCAUUUGGUUGAGGAACAUUCUUGGGAAUUUGCAUUAUAAGCAAGAAGAAGCAUCUAUCAUUCAUUGUGAUAACACAUCAACAAUCAAGCUCUCAAGAAAUCCUAUCAAACAUGGAUGA